AUGGCUGGCAAUGCAUCCAAUACUGCGGCUCUGAUUGAGUCCGCAAAGAGGGCUGCCGCCUUCCAAGCCGUCGAGGACCACCUCUCCCCCACUGACAAGUUCGUCGGGAUUGGAUCUGGCAGCACUGUCGUCUAUGUGGUGGAAGCUAUUGCGGCCAAAGGGCCAAGCUUUUACGCCAACAUGACGUUCAUCCCCACGGGCAGCCAAUCCAAAGGUCUGAUUAGAGCAGCUGGAUUGAAACUGUGCAACCUGGACGAGCGCCCUGUUGUGGACGGCGUGUCGGUGGCCUUGGACGUUGCCUUUGAUGGUGCAGAUGAGGUUGAUGAAGACCUUAACCUCAUCAAAGGAGGGGGUGCAUGCCUCUUCCAAGAGAAGCUUGUCGCCGUAGCGGCUAGAAAAUUCAUAGCAGUUGCGGAUUCUCGCAAGCAAUCACCCCGGUUGUGCACCAAGUGGAAGACCAUUCCUAUCGAGGUCCUCCCCCUCGCAGCUCCGGAUGUCUUGAACCGUCUCAAGGCCAUGGGCUCCCCUAACCCCGUUGUCCGUUCCGGCCUACCCAGCAAAGCCGGCGAGUGCGUGACUGACAAUGGCAUGUGGAUCAUCGACGCUCCUUUCCCGCCGCUGCUACUUCCCAAGGAUCUGACGGCAGAGGUAGACGGCCAGGGUAAGAACGGAGCUUGGGAAAUCGGAAGGCUGGCCGAGGAACUGGUCAAACUCCCUGGAAUUGUGGAAAUCGGCCUCUUCCACGGAUUUAAUGGAGUUCAGGCUGUUGGUCUGGGCAAGGAAUUCCAAGCACAGAAGCCAGUUGCAGCUUACUUUGGCACGCCGAGCGGCGAGGUCCAGGUACAGAAUGCAGCAUAA